UCGAUCCCCGGAAUUUUUACAGGCGAGCAUCGCUUCAGCUUUGAAUGCGCUCCGACAGACCAUCCUGGCCAAGCGAGCCGAACACGUCUCGUUCACGAAGAGCGAUUCACCGGACUGCUCAGCUUUCUCAUGGGUCAGGGCAUGCUGGCCAACGCUGCGGGGUGGAGAGAUAAUACCCGCCAAGGGUUUGAAUCAUUCAACCGGGAUUUUAAAGAAUGGGUGGAGACCUCCACGAGAUAA